UCUAGUUUCUAUCAAUAUUGCCGCCAGCAGCCUUUUACGAACACACAACUUUUCACAAUAUAAAUACUCAUCACAUAUCCAUUCUUAUUUCACCAUCAUCAAAUCAAAUAAUUCAUUUACCUCAAAAAUGACUUCUCUCCACUGCUCCAUUCUGUUGGUAUUCGUGUUCGUGUUUGUGUUCGUAUUCGUUCCCGUUCCAACGGCUCAUGCCCAAAUCGGGCUAGUCCUUCCCCUCCGGAAGGACUCCAAAACAUCCCAAUUCUACACCACAUUCCAAAUGGGCAGCCACCGCGCCACCAUCAACGCCGUCGCCGACCUCGGCGGCGAGCACCUUUGGCUCAGCUGCGACGGCUACACCUCCGCCACCUACGCCCCCAUCCCUUGCGACUCCGCCAAAUGCGAGGUCGCAGAGGGAAUCGGCUGCAUCGGGUGCAACGGCCCCGCCCGCCCCGGCUGCAGCAACAACACCUGCGGCGCCGCCUCCGGCAGCCCCUUCAUGCCCUACCUCACCUCCAGCGGCUUCUUCGAGGACACUCUCUCGACCAAGGACCGCGUCGAGCUGCCGGAGAUCCUCUUCUCCUGCGUAGACGACGACUACCUCGUCGGCUACGCCGCCGGCGCCACCGGCAUGGCCGGCCUCGGCCGCACCGGCAAUGCCUUCCACAAAAUCGUGUCGGGCAGGAUGAACCUGCCCGACCGGUUCUCGAUAUGCCCGCCGGCGUCCGGGAUCGGAAAACUGACGAUCGGCGGCGGACUUCCGGCGAAGUCCGAAAUCUCCGGUUUACUGAAAUCGACGCCGUUGAUCGUCAACGAAUUCCCGGGCGGAUCCGUCGCGGGGCGCGAUCCGUCGCACGAGUACUUCAUCGACGUGAGGUCGAUUAAGGUCGCCGGCGAGGCGGUGGAGGUGAAGGAAUCGUAUUUUGCGAUCGGAAAAGAUCGCACCGGCGGCACGAUGAUCAGCAGCGUGCAGAACUACACCGCCAUGCACACCUCGAUCCUCAAGCCGGUGGCGCGGGCGUUCGACAAGGCGGCGGCGGAUAUGGGGAUGAGGAGCGCGGCGGCGGUGGCGCCGUUCAGGGCGUGCUACAGGGCGGAGACGGUGAAGAGGACGGCGGCGGGGCCGGAGGUGCCGGCGAUCGAUCUGAUUCUGCCCGGGAAUGACGUGUACUGGCGGAUCUCGGGGGCGAAUUCGAUGGUGGAGGUUGAUCGGAAGACGAUGUGCCUGGCGUUGGUGGACGCGGGGUCGCGGCCGGAGACGUCGGUGGUGAUCGGAGCUCAUCAAUUGGAGGAGAAUUUCUUGGAGUUCGAUGUGGCGGCGUCGCGGCUGAGGUUUUCUUCUUCGCUUUUGGUGAAUAACAAGAGCUGCUCCCGCCUUUAAAUAUGUUUAAAUUAUUUUGUUGUUUUUUUUUCUUUUGAGGGUUAAAUUAUGUUGUUUUUGUAAUUGGUUUUCUUUAUGUUUGUUGUAAUUAUGCUGUUUACUUCUUCAUAUGUUUGCUGUCGUGUUUUUAGUUAUGGUUUGAGUUUUAUGAAUGGGAAGUAUAAAGCUAAGAGGGGUUCUGUUUU